AUGGCCGGAUCGGAGAACGAACCCACCAAUUCAUCUUCCGGUGAAGAAGAAGAAGAAGUUUCAUCACAAGGAUCCGAAUCAGAAUCGGAGACCCAACACACCCUUGAAAAAAACCCUCAAUUACCCGACCCGAAUAUCAACAAACCCAGAUCCAAAAACCCUAUUUCUCCCCUCACACACCCCACCGGAAAACGACCGGUGCCGGAAGCUGAAACCGAAACUGAAAGCAGUGAUUUGAAAAGGGUUAAGACGAUGACGUCACCGGAUGCGAAUAACGGUGGUGAAAAGAAGCAGCUUUUUCAGAGGCUGUGGAGUGAAGACAAUGAAAUUGAGUUGAUUCAAGGUAUGAUUAGCUAUGUAGAUGAAAAGGGUAAAGACCCUGUUGCAGAUGUGAAUGAUUUUCAUGAGUUUGUGAAGAAAUCACUUCAUGUUGAUGUGAAUGAUCGACAAAUGUUGGCUAAAGCUAGAAGGUUAAAGAAAAAGUUUGAAAACAAUGUAGCUAGAGUUGUGAAGAAUGGGAAAGUUAGGUCGUUUUCGAAUCCGCACGAGAAGAGAAUGUACGAAUUGUCGAAAAAUCUAUGGGGCGACGAGAGUAACAAGAAAGCGGUUAUGAGUUCUUGCAGCAAGAAAGUCAAGGUUAAAGUCAAUGCGAUGCCGAAGACGAACAAGAGUUGUAAACCGUUGGGUUCGGGUUCGGGUUCGGGUUCAGGUUCGGGCAAUGGGGAUGUAGGGAUUGAGGUGGGCCCGAAUGAGGUUGAAGUGAAAGUGGUGCAGCCUCUGCGGUCGGUUGGUGGGUUUGAACCGUUGGAUGAUAUACCGAUUACAGAUGAGGCGAUAAUGAACAAGGGGUUGGAGUUGGUAGCGGGUCCGAAGAAAGCUGAGAUGGAGGAGAAGUGGAAGAGUCUUAAGGUGCUUGAACUCGAGCAUUUUAUGAAGAAGAUGGAUGUUUUGAAAGAGCAAGCGGCGGUUGUGUUGAAUGCGAUUGCGAAUUCUGUUGCCAAAUAA